AUGGGCGACGAGCGACUACCCAAACGACUCUUCUACGGAGACGUCGCGACGGGUUCUCGCCGUCAAGGAGGCCAGAUUCGCCGUCACAAGGAUACCCUGAAGUCCUCCCUGAAACGCCUGCAAAUCAACCCCACCAACUGGGAGGAGCUCGCACUCGAUCGACCGACCUGGAGGAGGACAGUGAAGACAGGCGCUGCGAUCUACGAAGCCAACCGCAUCGCUGCCGCCAAAGCGAAACGUGAAGCCCGCAAAUCACAACUUCGCCCAGUACGCAACGCCGCCGCACAACCGCUUGCAGCGUGUCCUCGAUGUCAACGGACAUUCCGGCCUCGAAUCGGACUUGUUGGACAUCUUCGGGUUAACUGCGCCUCUCGAACGACACCAACCAUCGUCCCCCCGCCCGACUCUUCCUCCUCCUCUCCGCCGCCAACUAACUCUGACAAUUCUUCUGACCCACCACUUCCAUCAUCCUCCUCCUCCCCUUCUACUCCUCCUCGCCCACUGCUCCAACGGCGGCCGCUCAGGCGACUGUUCCGCGCACAACAACCGGCACCACCACCACCUCCCCCGACUCCAGCGAUGAGGAUUAGGACUUCACCUGCCCACACUGUUCACGCACAUUCACCUCACACAUCGGCCUGGUCGGUCACUUGCGAAUCCAUCGCACAGAGACUGACGAACCAGCGCCUGGAGCACCAACCUACACCCAUCGCACUCGCCUCCACUGCCCACACUGCCCUCGCACCUUCAGGCAUCGCAUGGGCCUUUUCGGCCACAUGCGCAUCCACAAGAGCGGCCUUGACCGCACUCCCGACACACCCACCACAUCCACCGUGCACACCCCCACCCUAGCUCCAUCCGUCCGCGCCACCACCACCACCGCCUCCUCUGUAGCUGACACUGACACCGCCGACUUCUCAUGCCCACACUGUUCACGCACAUUCACCUCACGCAUCGGCCUGGUCGGUCACUUGCGAACCAAUCGCACAGAGACUGGCGAACCAGUACCUGGAGCACCCACCUAUACCCACCAAGCUCAUCUCAACUGCCCACACUGCCCUCUCAUUUUCAGGCAUCGCAUGGGUCUCUUCGGCCACAUGCGCAUCCACGACGACCUGCGGUAG